UUCUGCCUCAUACUAAUAGCAGGAGCAGAACAUGUUCAAACCACCGUGGGAUCCACUCUCCAAACGUGUCUCUCCCUCAACAGAGCCCCGGACCAAUGGAGAAGCCGGGAGCUCGCCUUGAAUGAAGCUCAAGUGGAGAACUUUGUUGAACCCCAUUGUUGGGGCUGUCACUUUUGAAAGAGCCUCAGCGGGGCUGACCACUAUAAAACCCAUGGUCCACGAGGAAGGGGCAGAGAGAACUCCGCUAGGCUCGCUGGCUGGAUCUUUACCAACCCACGUUUGCAAAGCAGAAAACAAAAGCAAACAAACAAACAAGCAGGCGAGCGGUCCCAGCCCGGCUCCGCGGACGGCCCCUGCGAUGAUGUUCCCCAGCCUCAUCGCCCCUCCAGCCGUCUACCCCAGCCUCCUCCGGCCGACCCCCUCCCUCACCUUGCCUCAGUCGCUGCAGUCGGCUUUUUCCAGCCAUUCCAGCUUCCUGGUGGAAGAUUUGAUCCGGAUCAGCAGGCCCACCAGCUACCUGCCCAGGACUGCCCCCCCGCCCAGCAUGUCCCCCCCAACCUCGGCGGCCAGGACGGACUCGGGGACGCCGGAGCUCCCCAGCUCCACCACCACCGGCUCCAGGAGGAUCUGUUCGCCACAGACUUCCAGCAACGACUCCACUUUCCUGAAGUUUGGAGUCAACGCUAUCCUCUCCUCCACGCCCCGUGCCGAAACCUCCCCUGCGUUGCUUCAGAGCGUCCCGCCAAAGACUUUCUCCUUUCCGUACUUUGAAGGAUCCUUCCAGCCCUUUCUCAGAUCUUCCUACUUCCCAGCUGCCUCCGCCGUGGUCCCCAUCCCUGGCACCUUCUCCUGGCCGCUGGCUGCCCGGGGCAAGCCCCGCCGGGGGAUGCUGCGCCGCGCCGUCUUCUCCGACGUGCAGCGCAAGGCGCUGGAGAAGAUGUUCCAGAAGCAGAAGUACAUCAGCAAACCCGACAGAAAGAAGCUGGCGGCCAAGCUGGGCCUCAAGGACUCACAGGUGAAGAUCUGGUUCCAGAACAGGAGGAUGAAAUGGAGGAACUCCAAAGAAAGAGAGCUCCUCUCCUCUGGCGGCUGCAGAGAACAGACCCUACCCACCAAGUUCAACCCUCACCCAGACCUCAGCGACGUAGGCAAGAAAUGUUCAGGAGAGGAGGAGGAGGAGGAAGUUUCCCCUGUGUGCCCCCCCAGUCCCCGGCAUCCCCUAACCUACCACCAGUCCCCAGAACAUCUACACCUGAGGGACAGACUGGACUCCCAGAUAUCUCCUUCUCCAUCCCAUUCUAGCAGCCCCAGCAAACCUUCAGACUUCUCAGACUCAGAGGAAGAGGAUGAUGAAGGGGAAGAAGAAGAGGAGGAGAUAACAGUGUCUUAGAUCACUUGCCUGCCCCUUCCAUCACACGAGGACACUGCAAAGAUGUAAAUAAACCAGAGUGCUAUAAAUUGAAGAGGUGCUGUCCCACCCCAAUGUCCACAUGCUUCUUCAGUGCAGGUUCUUUAUCACAAUAGCUGCAAGACCCUUCCCACUGGUACUCCUCAUUUGUUGCCCUGUGUAGAGGUUUUUAUGUUCAUAAUAUCUGCCCAACUUUUCAUAACUCUCUCUGCUUAGCAAUCAAUAGUUGCUCAUGUUUAGCAACCAAUCUUUUUUGGAAGAAGCAACGGUUUGCUUCUUCCAAAAAACAGACAACAGGCAGCUCCUGUCUGUAGAGUAGGGAGGAAAGGGAAAUUUCCCUGUAGGAAAGGAAACUUCUUCGUCCAGAUAAAAAGAUCAUAAAAAAUACAAUAUAGAUUGCAUGAUCAUUUCUAUUAGCUUUCAAGUGAAUUUCCAGCUACUGUAUUACUUCAGCUGCUACUGAAGACUUGUCUGAUCUAGCAACACUUUGCUCCAAAAUAAAUAACCUUGAGGGACCCAGACCAACAUCUGCCUCCCUCCUCACCCCAAAUGGCACCAUGCUUGUGCAACAAAUCCUUUGAAAUACCUGGAAUUACUUUGAAGGUAUAAUGCAAGCAUGCCCUGUGUAAUGGAGAUCUUAUAUAUUUAUGAUUUUCAUCCUAAUUAAUUCAUCAAUAUUGUGUUCAAAGCACUGACUAACCCACCUUCUUGUCCAUGUUUGUGCUUAUUUUCCACUUGCUUCUCCUAUCCACGGUGUGGACAGAGGAAAGUGGAUACAUCUCUUUGAUUUUUAACUGAACUUUGCUGUCUUUGCACAGCUUAUAUGAACUGUACACUAUUUUGUACACUUACGCUGUAUGGGUGUUUUAUACCAAGGUUAUUGUCAAUGAUUAUAACAAUGGCUCAACAAUGCUUCUCUCUUUUUUAUUUUAAAUUAAAUGACAGCUAAACUACAGGUGAAUGCAGCUGUGUAACUGUGUAACUUAUAAAGAAACACUUUUAUUUUGUAUUUUACCAUGUACAGACUCUAAAUAUGUAUAUAUAUUAAAGUGGAUGGUUGUCAAAUAAAAAAAAAAAGUAGAUU